CAAAACAACUCAAGGAGGAAACAAAUGGCUAGGACAAUUAGUUACUGUGUCCAUUUUUAAGCCAAUUUCUUUUACUUGCCACAAAGUAAAACAACCUGUUAAAGAAUAUUUGCAUAAUUUUUCCAUUUUGUCUACGUUAAAGCUUAAAGAUGGAUCCGUAGAAAUCAACUUUUAACCCGAUUAACGUGGGCGUAAUUAGUUAGCUCACGUUAGCUAGCUAGCGUGUAAACUGCUUUGGUGGUGUUGUGACACUGAGGUUUUCGGUACUAUUAACGUCACGACACCGUUUAACGUUAGCUAACGUUAUUUAUUAUUUAUUGUUUAAGUUAUCGCCAUACUAGAGUUGUUUAAACAUGCCAAAAUGUUUGAGAAGGUGUUUAGAGCAGGUUGUCUCGUAAGAACUGGACAUGUCAUCCUUACUUGGGCGACAACACUUGUGUUAUUUUUACACGAUACAGAUUUGCGGAAGUAUGAGGAGAAAGGGGAGUUGGCACAUCCGGUGGUUUUCGCAUCCUUGGUGCUGAUCUCCGUGAUGCUCUACUUCACGGUUUCGCUCAUGGACCCGGGGUUUGUGCUCAGCGACGUUGAGAUAUCAUCUACAAAUGAAGAACUGGAAGAAAUGAUGCCACAGACUGCCCGUCUUAGACGUUGUGGAUACUGUUUACUACUGCAACCGAUGAGAGCCAAGCACUGCAAGGCAUGUAACAAAUGUGUGAGACGGUUUGACCACCACUGUCCCUGGAUAGAGAACUGUGUGGGGGAGAGGAACCACCGCUGGUUCCUGCUCUAUCUGGGAGUCCAGCUGCUGGUUCUUCUGUGGGGCCUGCAGACUGCCUGGUCUGGUGUUGUUUUCGCCCCGACGUGGAAACUGUGGUUGGUGCAGAACGGCUUCCUGCUGGCUGCUCUCGGGGUGACGGGCGUGUUCUCGGGCGUGGUGGUGCUCCUGCUGGGCUGCCACCUGCACCUGGCGUCCAGCAACACCACCACCUGGGAGUUCAUGGCGCGCCACCGCAUCGCCUACCUCAAGCACUGCGACUCGGAGGAGAACCCCUUCGACCGAGGACCGCUCUGCAACCUCUGGGACUUCUUCUGCGUGUGUCGGACCGUGGCUUGGGAGAGAGUGUACGCCAAGUUCCGAGCAAGUGCAGUGUGUGACUGACUACUGAGUAUGGACACCGUGCUGGGAGGCAUCUCUUCCUGUAAAGCCCAGCACUGUGGCUACCGCAGUGACGAUUGGUGCUCCUCGACACUCGACAUUCAGGAAGGAGUUUGCCAUUGUGCUGCUGGAUGCAUGAUAUGCAUAUCGUGGACAUGGUGUAUUGCUGAGCAACACUUGCCAUCCAUGCUUCUGAUUGUCUUGUCAUGGAGAUUACAGUUAACAUGAAUUGUCUGUAAUACAUUCCCAAAACGUCCAAAAGUCCCCCAGUCAUUUUGACUCUAAGUGGCACACUACAUCGGAUUCCUCAUCUUUUUCAGAAGCAAAAGUUCGCCUCAGGCUUUUCUAGGUUUAUAUGUUAUAUUGUUUUAGAAUAAUCAAAAUGGAUUUCUUCAGCUGUUUCUGGGGAAACGUUUACUGAAUUUGUAAUGAAAGGUUUGUUUCAAGACUUUCUCUUGCUUUAAUGUAAUUUACUACAAAUUAACUUUAAAUAAAUAAUUGUAUUUAU